AUGCCUGAGGGACGUCAAUCACCAGCUCCUGAGCAGCAGAGCGGCCGCCAGCAGCAGGAUCCUCCUGCCUCUGGUCAUGGAAUCAACAAGCCUGAUGGCAAGGACCCCAAGAGCCAGCUUGAGGCAAGAAACCCUCUAAUUUCAUUUUCGAGCAUGAUGCUAACUGCUUAUCUGCAGAACCUCUCAUCGAACCCCAAGGGUAUCACCGACGAUAUUGUGGAGGAGAAAUUCUCCAAGACUGAGAAGAAAUAG